AUGCCAGAGAAUCUGUUUUACGUCCUUCCUAUUGUUGCCAUAGCCUUGACGGCAUAUGGUUUCAGUAAGAAACAAGGAAAAGAUACGGAAGAGGCUCCACCAGCCGACAGCUUGGGGGAUGUCUCUCUCAAGAUCAAGACUCUCUUGGACAGCACUAAGAAGAAGUUUGGAGACAAAUACUCUCAUGUAAAACUGGCGGUUACACUUCCGGCUUUGCUUCAAUUAAUUGACCAAGCAGAAGCUAGCCGAUCUUCUGACACAUCGUCUCCAAGGGACGAAAGUUAUAAUAAGGCUGGAAAGGCUGCGACUGCCAAAGAGCUUGAUGGGCUGGGUGGCUAUUUAGACUUUGCAGAUUGGGCGUACCUACCCUCAAGGGAUGAAAUCAAGGAAAAUCUGGCAGGACGUGGGUACAAACUACUCAAACACCAGGAAGCCAAAGAAGCAGGACAGGUUGGGUAUUUCAUUGCCACCAAUCCUGAUACGAAGACUGCUCUAAUUGGUGUGAAGGGUACCUCCUCGAUGGGUGACGUGCUAACUGAUUGUUGCGCUGCUGCUGUGAUUCGGAAGUUGGAUCGAAGUUUUGAUUCCCAAGAUGAGUCGCUGAAGGAAAUCCGGGCUCACGAAGGCAUUCUCUACUCCUCUGUCGCCUUGGCAGAGGACUUGAAACCUUACAUCACCGACUUUUUCCUUCCCCUUGGGUACAAAAUUCUACUCUGCGGCCAUUCUUUGGGUGCUGGAGCUGCUAGCUUGACAUCCGUCUUGCUUCGUUCUCAACACCCUCCCUUGACAAAAAAAGACAGCAUCAAGGUUAUGGCUUUUGCUAGUCCACCUGUAUUGAACCACAAAGCAGCCGAGGCGUGUUCAUCGUUCAUUACUACGAUCGUCAACAACUCUGACUGUAUCCCCCGGUCAAGUCUGAAUAAUGUAGCAAUCUUGAUGGAACUGCUUUCUGGCGUUCAAGAAAAGCUCACCGAGGCAGGAAUUGACUGUAAGGACAUGAAGUCUACAGCAGCAUUUAUGGCGAAACUACGAGAAGGAACUGGAGGAGCUAUGAUUAUGACCCCCGAGGAAGGAGCUGCUCUACUCCAAAAGUCGCAAACUAUGGUAUCGCGUGACGAUCCUGACCAUCUCUACGUACCUGGGGAGGUGGUGCUGCUUUAUCAGAAGUGGCAGGACAAGAAGAAAAGAAAUGAGGCGAAAGAUCCGGAGGAGAAGGGCGAGAAGAAAGUGUCCGAGCCACCCUCGCCAGCUUACAGCGUCAUUACCGAUGGUUUCACAGCAUGUCUCAAUAUGAUUGAGAUCAGUAAUGAUAUGGUCGGAGAUCAUCUGUGCGGUGCGUACCGCCUGAAGAUUAAUAACCUCUAA